GCCCUUUUAUUUAAGUUAAGACAGACAGACAAGCCACUCGAAACUUCCACCGAGAAACCCGCGUUUCAACCUUUACGUUUCUAUAACCUUCUACCUCUACGACGACCAAAACAACUUCAACAACAAGAAGCGAAGCAAAGAUAUUAUUAUUCUCUCAAAACCCUCGUCCUAAGUUGUUCCAACUUCCAAGCCUUCUGUUUGUUUUUUCUUUUUUCUUUCACUCGCUCGAUCAUCACGAAGAGCGUUUAAUUCUCGGUGCCUUCAGCCUUCAAUUACUUCUGAUCGAACCUAGUUUCGAUCUCUGGCAUCGCUCUAUCAUGCCAGAGAUCCAAAAUGUUCCCGACCAGAACGGCAACGGUAUCGGCAACAACAACGCCUUGUUAGGAAAGUACGAGGUGGGCAGGCUCCUCGGAUGCGGGGCCUUUGCCAAGGUCUACCACGCGCGCAAUGUCAGCACGGGGCAGAGCGUGGCGAUUAAGGUCAUCAGCAAGAAGAAGAUCUCAGCCACGAGCAGCUUGAUGUCGAACAUCAAGCGCGAGAUUUCCAUCAUGCGGAGGCUCAACCACCCCCACAUCGUGAAGCUCCACGAGGUCCUCGCCUCUAAGACGAAGAUCUACUUCGUCAUGGAAUUAGUCAAGGGCGGCGAGCUCUUCGCCAAGGUCGCCAAGGCUCGCUUCACGGAAGAUCUCAGCCGCCGGUACUUCCAGCAGCUCAUCUCCGCCGUCGGAUACUGCCACUCCCGCGGGGUCUUCCAUCGUGACCUCAAGCCCGAGAACCUCCUCGUCGACGAAAAUGGGAAUCUCAAGGUCUCGGAUUUCGGCCUCAGCGCUGUCAGGGGCCAGGUCCGGCACGACGGGCUGCUGCACACUCUGUGCGGCACGCCGGCCUACGUUGCGCCGGAGAUUCUGACCAAGAAAGGCUACGACGGCUCAAAGGUGGAUGUCUGGUCGUGCGGCGUGGUUUUGUACGUGUUGAACGCCGGUUACUUGCCGUUCAACGACCCGAAUUUGAUGGCCAUGUACAAGAAGAUUUACAAGGGAGAGUAUCGGUGCCCCAAGUGGUUCUCUCCGGAUCUCAAACGGUUUUUGUCUCGGGUUCUGGCCACCGACCCGGAGAAGAGGAUCACCGUCAACGAGAUCCUGAGUGACCCAUGGUUCAAGAAGGGGUACAAGGAGGUGACUUACUACGAAGAAGUGGAGAAAGAAGAGGAGCCCAAGUUUAAAGACCUCAAUGCUUUCGAUCUCAUAUCCUUCUCCUCCGGUUUGGACCUCUCCGGUUUGUUCGUUGACUCAGACAACUCGGUGACCGACGGAAUGCGACUCGUAUUGGCCGAGUCGCCCGAGAAAGUCGUCGAGGAAGUGGAGGAAUUCGCUAAAGCUGAUGAGAACAACUUGAGAGUGAGGAGGAAGAAGGAAUGGGGUGUGGAGCUGGAAGGGCAGGAUGGUAAUUUGGCAAUAGGGGUGGAGGUUUACCGGUUAACGGACGAUCUAGUGGUGGUGGAGGCUAAAAAGAGAGGUGGGGACGUUGGGCCCUACAAAGACAUGUGGAACAACAAGCUUAGGCCUCGUCUGGUCGGUGGGCUAAGGGCUCAACCGGGAACUUCUUCCCAGCAGGUCCCCCAGACGUCUUGAUGCAUCCCAGUUUUCAAAACUACAAAUUAUUAAAAAAAAAAAAGAAAAAAAAAGAAGAAGUAAUUCUUCAGUCUAUUUUAUUAAAUUGACUCUGUAAUUAUUAGAGUAUGUGAUUCUUAAACAUGCAUAUGCAUUUGUUAAUUUCGAUUACGAAAUAUAUAAAAUGCAUUUACAAAUUAAAUCUGCGUUAGAAUCACUUGCUCUUAAGGCCGAGUUUAAUUUAAUAUAUUAGAUUGGAUAAUUAUAUUAAAAAAAAAAAAAAAAAAAAAAGGUUAGAAUUUGGGUGUUCUUUGUUAUUACAAUUAUGGUCUAUGUGGCGUUUGUGUUUGUAUAUGUGUAUAUGUAUAUGAAAUAAAGACGGCCAAGGGUGGCGGGAAUUUCCGUAGUAAAUCCCUGGUUUUGUUCAUUGAGUUGCAGGGUAAUUUUGUAUGGAAAGGAGUCCUACUGAGAGGCCUUGUAGUCUUGUUUUGUAUAUCUUAAUUGUGUACAUAUGUAAAACCAAAAGAAUGAAGAUUUAAUUGCACUAA